GUAUUUGUUUUGCCGCGCUUUAUUGAAGUUUGAGGUUAAGUUCCUAACCUCAAUAUUUGUGAUUAUAUGUGAAUUGAUAUGAAUUAGAAUUAUCAGCGAGAUAUGCUACUUACAGAAUUUGACACUAAUGACAGGAUGUUGGAGUAACAGAUGGUUACGAAUUACACGUAUGUUUAAGGCAAUAUUGAAAAAUGGCGAGCGAGGAAGUGAUAGAUGCUAACAAGAAACCACAACCCGUGUUUAAGAAUCGUUCCUUCCACACAAAAUUUCGGCCGAUCAGCACUAGUGGAAAAAAACGCACUUGGCGUUCAUUGAAACAAGUUUUGGCUCAGGAACGUUCGUUGCCAUGGCCGGUGACAAUAAAACACUAUAGUUCUAUUAAUGCACCGCCGAGCUUUAAACCUGCCAAGAAGUACUCUGACAUUUCUGGAUUACCGGCACGAUACACUGAUCCACAGACUAAAUUGUAUUAUGCUACUGCUGAAGAAUUCGCAACAGUUCGCAGUUUACCGAUGGAUAUAACAGCUGGAUAUUUAGCUUUACGUGGAGCAUCUAGCAUUGUCGGUUAAAAUGAUCAGUAUUUUACGUUCACAUCCAAUCAUCAUUUAAUUAGGAAACAAGACGUUUCAAUACCUCAAACGCAAUUUCAUUUGUAUAUAGAACGAGAAAGAAUAUUCUAACGGGGAUAGAGAAUAAGACGGAACAAUACAAUUCAAUGAAGAGACAGAGUAAAUAAAGUAUUGAUAUUUUUAUCUCACA